AUUCCUAUUAUCCUUUACCAUUUAUAACAAUGCUUCCAACGACAAUGAACAUCACUAAGAAACUGAAAACUUGGAUUAGUCUAUGCAAUGGAGUCGUCUUCUCCAUGCCAAGGAUCAACAGAGAUUGUCUUCUUUGACUUGGAAACUACGGUACCAGGUAGAACAGGCCAAAAGUUCUGCAUUUUGGAGUUUGGUGCAAUUGUAGUUUGCCCAAGAAGGCUCAUUGAAAUAGAGAGCUACAGCACCCUCAUCCGCCCAAGGGACUUGUCUGUUGUUGCAUUGAGGUCCAGCAGAAUUGAUGGGAUUACUAGGGAAACCGUCUCAAAUGCACCCGAGUUUGAGGAAGUAGCUGACAAAAUAUUUACCAUUUUGAAUGGAAGAAUCUGGGUAGGACAUAAUAUCCAAAGAUUUGAUUGCGUUCGCAUAAAGGAGGCAUUUGCACGGAUUAACAGACUGCCUCCUGUAUCAGCUGCGAUGAUUGAUUCUUUAGGAGUCCUUACUAACAAAUUUGGCAAAAGAGCUGGAAAUAUGAAGAUGGCUAGCUUGGCGGCUUAUUUUGGACUUGGACAGCAGAAACACAGGAGCCUUGAUGAUGUUCGUAUGAAUUUGGAGGUCCUCAAGCAUUGUGCGACUGUGCUAUUUCUCGUAUGACCAAG